UAUUUAUUCAUUUUCCGCGUUAGUCUGUGUGCAUUCUUUUACUAUUAUCUUAUAUUAUCCAUGGAAACUUAAUUUCAAUAAUGAGCAGUGAGUUGGCAGAUAGAAAACUGGAAACGUUGCAAGGAAAUCCACCAGUCAAACCUAAAGAACYUGUGCAUGACCCCGAKGAGAGUUUAUGGCCGACUACACAGGGUAAUGGUCAAGCUAAUUKCAAUAAAACUCACAAAACCUCUGUGACAACAACUGCCCCAGCAUCACCMCCCUUAGUMAUGAGUAUGCAGCUCAAUGUUGGAUGGUUAGUUUUGCUGGGACUGUCCUUUGGUACACGUCUUUGGCAGCUUACAACACCUAAAUAUGUAGUAUUCGAUGAAGUUCACUUUGGAAAAUUCACCAACUUUUUUAUGCAAAAUAAAUACUUUUUUGAUGUUCAUCCACCUUUAGCCAAGCUCCUAUAUGCAUUCACAGCAUACUUUUCAGGAUAUGAUGGUAACUUUCCUUUUGAUGAAAUUGGACAAGAACUUGGAGAAUAUGAAUCAUUUGUAUGGAUUUUGAGAUUCAUCCCAGCAUUCUUAGGAAGCCUUGUUGCACCAUGUAUUUAUGAGAUAAUUUUAGAAUUUGGCUGCUCACAUUGGUGUGCUUCCUUUGGUGCCUUUCUAGUUAUAUUUGAAAACAUGCUGAUAGUGCAAACAAGGUUYAUGUUCAUUGAUGGUCAUCUACUUUUCUUCACUGUUGCUUCCAUUGUAUGUUAUUUGAAAUUUAGAAGGCAUUCUGAGAGUGCUUUUUCUUUUUCYUGGUGGAUGUGGCUUGUGCUGUUAGGUUUAUCAUUGGUAGGAGCCUGUAGUACAAAGUACUGYGGGUGCAUGACAUUACUUAUUCUUGGUAUUAUGAUGGGUAUAGACUACUGGAAAAUGAUUGGAGACUCUUCUCUUACAGGGAAAGAGUUAUGGCAGCACCUAUCAGCAAGAGCAGUCUGUGUUGGUUUUCUGCCACUGUUUUUAUAUCUUCUUCAAUUUUAUAUCAUGUUUACUGUGCUGUACAAAACUGGUCCCCAUGACGAYAUGAUGUCUAGUGCAUUCCAGGCRAGCCUAGAGGGGGGUCUUGCUAAAAUCACUCAUGGACAAGCCCAAGAGGUUGCAUAUGGYUCACAAAUUACAUUACGGCACACAUUUGGACGGCAGUGCUGGCUCCAUUCUCACACCCAUAACUAUCCUAUUAAAUAUCCUGAUGGGCGUGGCAGCUCUCAUCAGCAGCAGGUCACAUGYUACAGUUUUAAGGACGUCAAYAAUUGGUGGAUUAUAAAAGACCCUAAAAUAGACAAUCUCAAUGUGGACUUCCCACCUCGUCCAGUCCAUAAUGGUGAUAUUAUACAAAUUGUCCAUGGUGUUACGGGUAGAGCCCUUAAUAGCCAUGACGUAGCUGCACCUAUGUCACCAACCAAUCAGGAAGUGUCUUGUUACAUAGAUUACAAUAUAUCAAUGGCCGCGCAGAACUUAUGGAAAGUUGAAAUAGUCAACCCUGAUUCCAGUAAUAUUUGGAGAACAAUUCAGUCUCAAAUACGUUUUGUUCACGUGAAUACGUCACAAGCAGUUAAGGUAACCGGUCUUCAAUUGCCUGAUUGGGGAUUCCAUCAGUUUGAAGUGGCUACUGACAGGGUUAUCAACCAGCAAGAUACCACGUGGAAUGUUGAAGAACACCAACAGAACAUAACUUAUC